GUCUGGGACUCUGGGACAAAUUGUGUUAGUUUAUUUAAUAUAUCUUUUUCUUAUUUAUUUAUAGGUAGUGUUUUGUAGUGAAUGUAGUUUGUGUGUGAAAUUGUGUUUAAUGUGAAGUGCCUAUUUGAUGUCUCGUAUGCACUGGAAUUAUGGAUCAAGUUGCUCAAAAUAUAAACAAAGAUAUGAUUGAAGCUGAUCUCAUUGAUUUGGACUCAUUUGAUUUUUCUGAUGAUCAGACCUGGCUAUAUGUGGUACCUGGCGACAGCGGUCAAAGAGUGGAUAUUAAUGAAUGGAAGUUAUCUUGUCACUGGCUAUUUGACAAGGAUCCCGAGUAUGAGAAAUUGAAAACGAAGUUUUUUUCACUGCUAGAUGCUUUACAUAAAUACGACGAUGUCGCGAUCCCAGAUAAACACAAAUUCGAUUCUCGGACUUACGUCAAGCCUAAGAAACGAGUUCAAAGGCCGAGUAUCCAGAGCGUGGUUGAAGUGGUUUCCAAUCCACCCUCGCUUAUGCAGAACUCACCACUUGGACAGUCCGUCAACAAAUACCUCACAUACAACAAGUAUAACAAUCCAUUGGGAGCAAUCAGCCCGAUGCUCAGGUUAAAGACAUUCAAUGUGGAUAUUAAUACAGAUAAUAGUAAUUCUGUUAAGGAAUAUGCUAUGAAGAGGAAAAGUCUUGUCCCGGAUGAUGAUCCACAGCUUGAAGACCUGGAUGUGGUGCUCUCGGCGGAUACGCCAGAGCCAUCCGGCCCGAUCGCAUCUCGUCCAAUCAACAUAGACUUGUCCCAGCCCGCCAAUAACAUACAAAACACGUUCAACAAGGGUUUGACAAAUAUCUUGAACGAACGUGGUAGCCUCAACAUGUACCAAAGUGGGGAAUCACUAACUAGGAUGUCACCUCCUAGUCUCGUGUCAUCCUUACUUAUGGAGAGUUCAGGCACGUUCAAUGCAGAGUCAUUAGAUAGCAGGAAAUCUAUUGCAUCUCAUAAAGAUCCAGGUUUACCAGUAACAUCAGGUCGAGAAAGUAUCGAUCCAAUGAUGACAAGUAUGUCACUUAGUAUAUUAGACGACAAAGAUAUGAACACGAGUUUCUUCUCGCAGACCACCUUCCCUGAUAAUGAAAGUCUAAUAGAUUCUUUACCACCCAGUUUGGUUAGCUCAGUUAACUCCUCGUACGUUAUAAAUACAAAGCCUAAAACGGAAGCUACCGAUUCUAAUAUAUUCAGUUCGGCGACAUUCACUCAUCUAGAACAAUCUGAAAGACUUCUAUCCGCCCGCCCUAGAUGUCAACUCUACAAUAGUUAUACAAAACGUGAAUCAGGCAUACGAAAUACAGAGAGUUACACAAAAUCAAGAGAAGAAGCCUGUCAAAUAGACCAAGUUAAUAAAAUACUUAGUGAAAAUUCAGAUAACAAAGAUUCACCGAAAAUAUCAAAAUCUAAUGAUAUGAGCGAAACAAUAACGCUACAUUUCGCAAAUAACAAAUACAAAAAUAAAGACGCAGAGAAAGAAAAUCUGAACGAAACAUUUGAAACGGACGAUGCAUUUUACAGAGAUAAUGGUUUACAGAAAGUAUCAGAUUUAGUUAAAAACAGUAUGAACGUUACGUGUGAUAAACAAGAGUUGAAUGAAAUCAAACAAGCUCGUCAGAAACUUUCGUUAGCUAGAAGAGGAUUGCCGAUUGAACCUGACAAACCUUUACCAAAUCAAGUUGAUCCUACAGCUGUGAAAACAAUACAAUUGCCUAACCAAACGAUAACAGUUCCCCGACAGAGUGUAGAAAGUGUCUCUGAAUUGAUGAAAAGGAGAUCACAGAAUUUGAAUCAUGUAACAACCGAGGAACCGCCGAGGGAGACCCCGAAGAGGAAUGCAACGUUCAGAAAAGUGUCACCACGGCAAAGCGCUACUGUCGUUUACGUUAAAUCUGAUGAAAACAAAAUAAUCGAUAUAAAUUCUGCGACAAUGAAUCUUAUUGGAGCCGGACAAAAUACUUUACAACAAGAAGAGUGGGGGUCUCAGGAAACAGCAAUGGUGGGGUCCAGCGAGAGCACCGACACUGGCACCUUCAGCUCCUCCAGCCCGCCGGAGAGUGUGCCUGACACCACGAGACACACGCACUACACUUGCGAAGUCGCAUCGACACCUUUGGUUUCAAAGAAAGCACCCAAAAAUGAAUUACUACAAACAACAAUAUCUCCAAUAUACGCAGUUCAAGACAAAUCAUUCGUACUAGGUAAAGCACAUAGUACAGAAAUGGAACAGACUUACGAUGUUAACACAACAGUGAUUCUAAACAAUGCGAACGCGACAAGCAACACGCCGAAAAGGGAUUUAGGGAAUGUUAGUACUGAAAAGAUAACACCAUCCGGAACUAUGGUUAAAGUUUCACCAAGUAAGAUUUCACCUACUAGUACAGGACCUUAUAGUUCAAUGGCACCUCCUACAUGUGUACCGAAAAGAGCAAACCUGCCGACAUCGAAGUUAAGACAGUACAGUUCACACAGAGAACUUAAUAGAAUUCCAGGGAGUAACCCGAGCGGUUUGUUGGCGCCGCGCACUUCAAUAGGGCGAGCGAUGGUGCGACGCGGCGUGUACGCCUCAAACCCCGCGCUCAGCCCCACUGCCCCAACCCCAGCCCCACACCACGCCAACCCCCACCCCGCACACGCCCCCACUACCACCACCACCGCACCACCCAUCAGAAGGGAGUCAUACACAGUAACAGUUGCUCAGAAUGUACUCGAUGAGAAAGACAAACAAACUCAAAAGCCAACAGUUCCAGUGUUAGUGCGUCAGGGAACGGAGACUUUACGACGUGAAAGACCUCAAAGUCAACUGGUCGCACCAAAAGAUCAUCGUGGGUCUACGAUGACAACCGGAGUACCGCAUCCAUUGAGAAGCUAUUAUAAUAUACCUCAGGCCCCCACUUCGCGUCCCCACGUGACAUCGAGUGCGACUGUAACCCGCGUGUCUCGCCCCACUUCUGUACCUACACAGAGACCUGUUGCUGCGGUAGAUAGUCGUCCGUUCACAGCGGUAGAGUCGCGAGUGUCGGCUCUGCCGCGGCCAUCGCGUCUUCCCGCGCCGCGCCGCACCAUCAGGUAGACUUUACAUUAAACCAGACCACCAUCAGUAUACUCAGUGGCGCCUACGGCCGAUUUCGACCAAUACUGACCACUAACCCUCGUGCCAACUUUGACCGAUGUGGUUCAAACUAACUAUAUAACUAAACUAAAUCUAGCUUUAUUAUAACAGACUGAAUGAAACUCGGUAAAUUUUUUCCAAAUUUUAUACAAUAACAUUUGAUAGAUUUUUUUUUUAAUUUGGUUCGUGAAAAGUAAUCAGCAUUAG